UGAGGUGCAAGUGAACUGAUGGGUGACUUCAUGUAUCACCGGCAUCCUCACUGUGAAGCUCACAGCCACUCUCAGUCAAACAGACAGGCAGACAGACAGACAGGGGGAGGGAGGGAGAGCGUAGAGAAACCGUGGCAGCCUGUUAGAGAAAAUGAUCAGUCCCUGAGCGAGACGAGAGGGUCAUUCGAUGCCGCUUCCUUCUCAGCGGAUCACCGGGAGAUGCUCACUGUUGUCCUGAUGACUUUCCAAGCUGCGCGGCGCGUCAGCACUUAGAAUAAAUUCAUUCAUCUGCUCAUAUCUGAUCCACUGACGGACAGGUGGUGGCCGGACGCUGCGCUCAAACCCAAGAGGAAUCACCGACUCUGCCCCACUCAUGAAUGAGUCUCCUGCUGUUUCAAGAACGAUGUGAAGAUUACUUAAGACAAGGCCACUUCUGAGCUCAAUUUUCCUCAGUCUAAUCCUCACAUUUGCUGGUACGCAACCCCAUUUAUCUGAGCCAGGCAUUCCGUGGAGCCCUGUGGGGAUGGGGACAUGCUCAGAUAAAGGAUGGACAUACGACAGCCUUACGAAAGGUCACCACCCUCCAAAGGUUAUGUCAUGGCCUCUGGCCCUCUGUCUAUUGACUCUAGUCUUUUUGGAUCAAAAGAUGACUCUUGGACAGACAAUGAACACCUUCCAGUCUGAGAAGAGGGAAUGGUCGUUGAACCAUCUGACAGUGCAUCAGUCCACUGGGACUCUGUACAUCGGAGCGAUCAACCGGAUCUACAAGUUGUCCGCUAAUCUCACACUUUUGGUAUCUCACGACACAGGCCCAGAAUAUGAUAAUAAAGCAUGUUAUCCUCCCCUGAUAGUUCAGCCUUGUUCUGAGCCUUUGGCCUCUACGGACAAUGUCAACAAACUGCUGCUCAUCGACUACUCUCACAACCGGCUGCUGGCCUGCGGUAGUCUCUAUCAGGGUAUCUGCAAGCUGAUGAGGCUAGACGACUUAUUUAUUCUCGUAGAGCCCACGCACAAGAAAGAACAUUAUCUGUCCAGCGACAACCAGACAGGAACAAUGUACGGGGUUGUCGUUCCCUCCCAGGGACAGGAUGCCACUCUGUACAUUGGCACUGCCGUUGGCGGCAAACAGGAUUACUUUCCAACUAUCUCCAGCCGUAAGCUCCCUCGCGACCCAGAGUCCUCUGCCAUGCUGGACUAUGAGCUUCAUACUGAUUUUGUUUCAUCUCUCAUUAAAAUCCCUUCUGACACGUUGGCUCUUGUUCCGCACUUUGACAUCUACUACAUCUAUGGUUUCUCCAGCGGAAGCUUUGUCUACUUCAUGACCGUCCAGCCAGAGACUCCCGAAAAUGGGAUGCCUGCAGGCGGCUCACCUGGUGACCUGUUUUACACAUCUCGAAUCAUCCGCCUCUGCAAAGGUGACAAGAAGUUCCAUUCAUAUGUCUCUCUUCCUGUGGGGUGCGUGCACAGAGGUGAGGAGUACCGUCUGCUGCAGGCUGCUUACCUAUCUAAAGCCGGCAGGGUGCUGGCUAAGUCACUCAACAUCAGUGCCCAGGAGGACGUCCUCUUUGCUGUGUUCUCUAAAGGACAAAAGCAGUACCAUGAUCCUUCAGAUCAUUCUGCUCUUUGCAUCUUCACUAUCCAAGACAUCAACAUGCGCAUUAAGGAGCGACUGCAGUCCUGCUACCAGGGAGAGGGGAACCUGGAGCUGCACUGGUUGCUGGGAAAGGACGUACAGUGCACAAAGGCGCCUGUUCCCAUUGAUGAUCACUUUUGUGGCCUGGAUAUCAACCAACCCCUGGGUGGCUCUCAGCUGGUGUCUGGUCAGACAGUGUUCACGGAGAGACGGGACAGGCUGACCUCUGUCACUUCCUACAUCUACAAUGGACACAAUGUGGUCUUUCUGGGCACAAGGAGUGGACGCCUGAAAAAGAUCAGGGUGGACGGCGCUCAGGAGGGAGGAGUGCUGUAUGAGACGCUGACUGUGAUGAAGGACAGCAGCCCAGUCCUACGGGACAUGGCCUUUUCCCUGGACAGGAACUCUCUGUAUGUCAUGUCUGGCUAUCAGGUGGUCCAGGUCCCUGUGGAGUCCUGUGAGCAGUACACUACGUGUGCUGAGUGCCUCAGCGCUGGUGAUCCCCACUGUGGCUGGUGCGUGCUCUACAACAUGUGUUCAAGAAAAGAUCGGUGCCUGAGAGCAGAGGAGAGCUUUCGCUUUGCAACAGACAUUGACCGCUGUGUGAAGGUUAUUGCUCACCCGGACAGUAUCGCUGUGUCAGCACAUAGCGUCCCUAUACUGUUCAUCUGCUACUGGGCCGGAGUGGAGCUUCGACUGAAUUCAAACGAGACGGGUCAAAUGGUCGCCAGUACAGAGGUGAAGUUCUACAACUGCAGCACACAUCAGAUGUGUCUGUCAUGUGUGAACAGCACAUUUCGCUGCCACUGGUGUAAAUACCGCAACCUUUGCACCCAUGACCCAAGCAGCUGCUCUUUCCAGGAAGGAAGAGUCAAUGCGUCCGAGGACUGCCCUCAGCUCCUCAACUCUGGGGAAAUUCUUAUUCCGGCCAGCGAGGUCCGACCGAUCACCUUGAGGGCCCGAAACCUCCCCCAGCCGCAGUCGGGCCAGCGGGGCUACGAGUGCGUGGUGAACGUACAGGGCGUCAGUCACCGUGUCACGGCACUGCGCUUCAACAGCACCAGCGUUCAGUGCCAGAACAGCUCGUACAUGUACGAGGGUGUGAAGAUCAGUGACCUGGCGGUGGACCUCUCCAUCGUAUGGAACGGCAACUUCAUCAUCGACAAUCCCGAGAAGAUUAAAGUGCAUCUGUACAAGUGCAGCGCCCAGCGGGACAGUUGUGGCAUGUGUCUACGUGCUGAAAGGAAGUUCCAGUGUGGCUGGUGUAGUGGUGAGGGUCGGUGCACCAUGAGGCAGCACUGUCCUCCCAUCUCCCCUUACGCCAGCCGCUGGCUGGACCUUUCUGCCAGGAAUGUCAAGUGUACCAACCCACGCAUUACUGAGAUAAGCCCAGUAGCAGGACCUCUGGAGGGGGGCACGCUUGUCACUAUUCAGGGCCUGAACCUGGGUCUCUCCUUCUUUGAGCUUGUGGGUAACGUGGAGGUGGCAGGAGUGGAGUGCACACCGCAGCAGGAGGGAUACGUCACUGCAGAGCAGAUUGUAUGCGAGAUGGAUGCGGCUCUGGAAGGAAGCGCUCCAGGCCCAGUCAAGCUAUGUGUCGGUGAAUGCAGACCAGAGUUGAGCGCACAGUCCUCCCAGAUCUACACGUUUGUGAUAUCCACCAUUUUGGCUCUGACCCCAAGCAGAGGACCUGAGUCUGGGGGUACCAAGGUUACCAUUGUUGGUGAGAAUCUGAGCGCAGGAAGCACUGUCACUGUGUACUUUGGGAAUCAAACCUGCGAAUUGUACAGGAGGAGCAUGUCAGAGAUUGUGUGCUUUGCGGCUCCAUCGCUGACGGGCGCGGGACCAGUUCAAGUCAGUUUGAGUGUCGACCGGGCCAGAGCUCCUGGAAGUCUGACCUUUGAGUACAUUGAAGACCCCACAGUCCAACGCAUUGAACCACUGUGGAGCAUUGCGAGCGGGCACACCACCCUGACGGUGACUGGGACAAACCUGGACGUGGUUCAAGAACCUCGGGUCCGAGUCAAAUAUGCUGGCCAUGAAUCUGUCAAUGUUUGCAAAGUUCUGAACACAACAACCAUCAGCUGCUUCGCCCCUUCUCUGAAGGCGGAUUACACCGCCGAUCAGGAGACGAUAAAACACGUGGAUGAGUUUGGCUUUGUCUUCAACAACGUCCAAGCUCUUCUCACAUACAACAACACAGGAUUUGUCUACUACCCAAACCCUUACCUGGAGCCCCUCAGCCUCUCAGGUGUUCUGGAGCAAAAACCUGGCGCUCCCAUCAUUCUCAAAGGCCGUAACCUGGUGCCAUCUGCUUCUGGUGGAGCCAGGUUGAAUUACACCGUGAUGAUCGGAGAUACCCCCUGUUCUCUUACUGUGUCAGACACUCAGUUACUCUGCGAGCCACCAAACCUCACUGGGCAACAUAAAGUCCUGGUGCAGGUAGGUGGACUGCAUAUCUCUCCUGGAGAAGUUCACAUCCGAUCGGACAGCCUUCUCACCAUGCCAGCUAUUCUCAGCAUCGCGGCUGGCGGAGGAUUGCUCCUCAUCAUCGUCGUCAUCGUCCUGCUCGCCUACAGACGAAAGUCUCAUGAGAAUGAUCUCACUCUGAAGCGCCUGCAGAUGCAGAUGGACAAUCUGGAAUCCAGAGUAGCUCUGGAGUGUAAAGAGGCUUUCGCUGAGCUACAGACGGACAUCAAUGAGUUAACCAGCGAUCUGGAUAGAGCUGGCAUCCCCUUCCUGGACUAUCGCACUUAUGCAAUGAGGGUUCUGUUUCCUGGCAUUGAUGAUCAUCCAGUACUGAGGGAGCUGGAGGUUCCUGGGAGUGGACAGGCGAAUGUGGAGAAAGCCUUGAAGCAGUUUGCUCAGCUGGUGAAUAACAAGGUUUUCCUGCUGACAUUCAUCCGCACACUGGAGACGCAGCGCUCCUUCUCCAUGCGAGACCGUGGCUACGUCGCUUCACUCAUCAUGACCUCCCUGCAAGGACGGUUGGAGUAUGCCACAGACAUCCUCAAACACCUGCUCUCCGACCUUAUAGAGCGCAACCUGGAGAGCAAGAACCACCCCAAAUUGCUCCUCCGGAGAACAGAGUCGGUGGCAGAGAAGAUGCUGACAAAUUGGUUUGCCUUCCUGCUUCACAAAUUUCUCAAGGAGUGCGCUGGGGAGCCUCUGUUCAUGCUGUUUUGUGCCAUCAAACAGCAAAUGGAGAAGGGACCCAUAGACUCCAUCACAGGGGAGGCACGCUAUUCCCUAAGUGAAGACAAACUCAUCCGGCAGCAGAUUGAGUACAAAACACUGACGCUGAGCUGUGUGAACCCCGACAAUGAGAACAGCCCAGAGAUCCCAGUCAAGGCUCUCAACUGUGACACAAUUACCCAGGUGAAGGAAAAGAUCCUGGAUGCUGUGUACAAAAAUAUGCCAUACUCCACCCGACCUCGAGCUACAGACAUGGACCUAGAGUGGCGGCAGGGCAGAACAGCUCGUGUGGUCCUGCAGGAUGAAGACAUCACAACAAAGAUAGAAGGCGACUGGAAGAGACUCAAUACACUCAUGCACUACCAGGUAUCUGAUCGCUGUGUGGUGGCCUUGGUGCCCAAACAGAUGUCCUCGUUCAUCAUUCCCUCCUCAGCCAGCUUCCCACGCAGUAUCAGCAGAUACGGUAUGGAUGUCCCAUUCCGCUCCACCCCCACCAGCCCUGACAGCCCUCACUCCCGUGUGCCUAUGCUCACUCCUGACCUGGAGAGUGGUGUCAAAGUUUGGCAUUUAGUCAAGAACCACGACCAUGGUGACCAGAAAGAGGGCGAACGCGGAAGCAAGAUGGUGUCCGAGAUCUACCUAACGAGACUGCUAGCAACUAAGGGCACGUUACAGAAGUUUGUGGAUGACCUGUUUGAGACUUUGUUCAGCACCGUGUGUCGAGGCACUGCUCUGCCUCUCGCCAUCAAAUAUAUGUUUGACUUCCUCGAUGAGCAGGCAGACAGACAUGGCAUCCAUGACAUGGAUGUUCGCCACACAUGGAAGAGUAACUGUCUCCCGCUGCGGUUCUGGGUGAAUGUAAUCAAAAAUCCCCAGUUUGUGUUUGACAUCCAUAAAAGCAGCAUCACGGACGCCUGCCUGUCAGUGGUGGCACAGACCUUUAUGGACUCUUGCUCAACAUCAGAACAUCGUUUGGGCAAAGACUCGCCCUCCACCAAGCUGCUCUAUGCCAAGGAUAUUCCGCACUAUAAGAGCUGGGUGGAAAGGUACUACGCUGACAUCAACCGCCUACCUGCCAUCAGUGAUCAGGAUAUGAAUGCCUAUCUGGCUGAACAGGCUCGCCUCCACUCCAGUGAGUUCAACGUGCUCAGUGCCCUGCAUGAGAUCUACGCUUACGUCAGCAAGUACAGCCAAGAGAUCAUUGAGGCACUGGAGCAAGACGAACAAGCCCAGAAGCAGAAGCUGGCAUACAAAAUGGAGCAGAUCAUAUUUGCCAUGUCCCCAGAAAGUUGAGAUAUACACACCAAAACAUAAAGAAUUCCCAAGACAAAUAUGCAUAUGGUUUGUCCAAACUUUAGCGUUUAAUACCACAAAUCAAAGUGUAAUGGAGGAGAUUGAAUAUUUAACACACAAGCUCCUGGGAUGUGGACACCAGCACUUCCAUAUGUGCAUGUGUGAUCAUAAUCACACGUACAUAUACAGCAUACACAGAAAGAUUGAUCUAACUUACUGUGUAAACAUGCACACACAUGAAUACAAAUGUACAUACACAAACCACAGCAGUACAUCCCGAAGCAAAGACUUUUACUACCAGUGUCACUUUCUUUUUUUUUUCCUGAAGAAACUCCAACAAGAAAACAUUCAGCUUCUAAAACACUCAAACGGAGAGCAAAAGGAUUUAGGCCAUCAUCAGUUGCAGAUUUAACUGCCAAUUCAUAUCCACUGGGAAAAUGGUUUGCCUCUGUAGUCGGUGCUUAUACUAACUGUGUGCGAGGCACCAGCGUGAGCUCUGAAGAGAGCAGGACUUAAUAAGAGAACGACUCAACGCUUAAGCCAGCGGAGGAGCUCGACAAAGACAGGAGCCAAUUUAAUGGGACGGCACGUCUGUUGAGACGUAACUCAAAGUACAUUUUAUGUCAAAGUUGAAGGACAGUUAUUCAUGUGACUGACUUGGAGUGACAUUGCUAUUUGUAGCCAUUCUGAGCAGAGAUGUGUGACUAUGUGUUGUUAAGCCUUUGCUAUGGGCUCUUAAAAGACGUGCCGUGUUAUGUUUCACUCUGUGACGACUGUCUGAACUUCUAAACUCUGAAGCGAGUAAAAUCUCCUAAGAGUCCCAGACUCAAAGACAUCCUAACGCUACAAUUUUUAAUAUAUAUGGAGAUAUUUUGGGCCCUCUUCCUGGGUUUUACUGCAUCUCAUGAUUCAUUUGAGUUAAAUGCUCCUGUCGACGCUAUUAAUAAAACAUGACAUUGUACGGAAGAGAUCUCAUUUGAGAUAGGACACUUUUACAGUGAUCUAUAUGGCACUAAUUCAGCCAUUCAAAGAUAAGUGGAGGCCAAAAUGAACUGUUGCAGAAAGCAUGAUUAAUGAUCUUUUAAGCGUGAUCGUGGAUCAGAUUAGCCUAAAUUUGACUCAUAGCACCCUACCCCCAACCCUUCCCUUCUCAUCAGUUAUUGUUUACAUGAAGCGUAAUACUUGAAAUGCACCCGGUGUACAGGAUAUUAAGAACACCUGCAGCUCUUGUCAAGUAACUUGGAUAGAUUAAGUUAGAUAAAGCCGUUGAUGCAUUAUUGAUUUUUUCCAAUAUGGUGUCUAACUUGAGCUUGACGUCGAACUGAAUUGUGGAUGAAAAGCUGAAAUGGAGCAGUAGAUUCGUGCAAAGCAGGUGUGCUUAUAUUUUGUAAACAGAGUGAAUAUUUAAUUAAUGAAAUCUGUGUUUGGAUCAGCUUUUGAUCCGUUUCAAGUCUGUUUGUUGCGUCACAAUGUGUUUCUGUGUUUCAAUCCACAGUGCCUUGAAAAAGUAUUUGCCCUUUACAGUUUCUUCUGUGUUUGCUUUUGUAUUACACUUAACUGUUUAAAAUAAUAAAAUUAAUCAUAAGCUUGUUAUAAUAAAAAACCAUAAUUGAAAAAUAUUUAUUGCAUUUGUUAGAAUAAAACACUAGCUCUGUGAAAAUAUAGUUAGCUUCUGAUUAUCUUAUGAAUUACCUGUUUGUUGGUUCAUUUUUACAAGCCACAUCCUUGCCUACAGUUGAAAUCAUAAAAACUAAACCUUUCUGGCAACAUGAAGUAAACUAAAAGUUCUCAAAAAGAACAAAAAAAAAGAAACAUAAUGCCCAGUUUUAUCGCCUACCCCAGUCCAGGGUGGGUAUUUAUUAUUAAAAAAUAUGAGAAAGAGACUGGAAUAAAAUGGCAUAAAUGAGGUGCUUUCCAGGCACAAGGCACUUCUUAUCAUUCAGACUGGUGAGAGAAAGGUAGUACUUUUUUGAAGAUUUGCAUUCCUUUAAUUCUGACAUAAAACUAAUACAACAUUUAAGAAAAAAACAAACAAACAAAAAAGAAAAAACAACAACAUUAUUUUCACUGUAAAAAUGUUGGUGGUAAAAUGAUGGACCAGGGAUGGUCUCCGGCAGAAAAUUCUGACAGAGAAUGUGCUGCCAUCAAUUAUUGACAUUAAGCUCAAGCGCACUUGGGUUGUGCUGCAGAAUGAUUCAAAGCAAACCAGCAAGUCCACCUCUGAGUUGCUCAAAAAAAA